UUUUUAAUUUUAAUAUUUUAAUGCACAAUACUACACAUAGUUUGGUAAAAUUUCCUACGAAGGAAAUUUAUUAUUCUCUAAGAUAUUUUAACUCUAAUGGUGUGUCACUUGGAAGGAUAUAAGAAUGAAAAGAAUUGAAUUUGUCAAUUUCUCUAGCUUACUUGGAGGGAAGAGGAGAGGAGAGGAGAGGAUAAAGGAAUUUAAUUCCAUCCAAUUCUUUCAUUUUAUAUCUACCCAAAUCAGGUAAAUAUCAAAGUGAAAGGAAGCUUGCUUUAGUUUCUGUAAACUUUGAAUCUUUAAUAAAUGCAAAUUUACUUUCUCCUUUUAGAGUCUGUUGAAGUAAACAAAAUGAUUGGAAGGAAAAUAAUGUCCUCACCUGAACUACAUUUCUCUCGCAUUUCCUUCUCUCAUAGGAAACAAAACUUUAAGACAUUGUUUUUUUUGGCAAUAUGUGUAAUAAACUUUGUAGAAACGAGUCUUUUUUUUUGUAAUAAUACUUUGCUUGAAUUUUUAUUCUCAGCAGUUCUGUUCUUUUCAAUGAUAUAAUGGAUAUUUUUCUUGAAUGGUAGGAGCUUUAAUGUGGAUGAAAAUGACUUGAUUGCAUUGCCAUAUAACUUUUAAACAGGAAUAUUGAUAUUGAAGAUGGUGUUCUCACAGAAGCCUGUGAGUGAUAUUUGUUGCUUCAGCAGGCUAUCUUACAACAUCAACUCCAACUAUGUUUAUGGUUCACGAGUUGACUCACGGAUGAAACUUUUGGCAGUUCACAUAGAGUGCCCAACAAAGCUCUAUCUUUACCAUGAUUCACAGAUUGAUAGAUCUCCUCCACUUCAAAUUUCACAUAUUAGUCCACAACUGAAUGGUGGUCCCAUAGAUAUAAUUGAGGGAAGCAUCAAAACUUUCUGUGGUUCUCGAAAGUCGAUGACCACUGAAUUCGCUAAACCAAUGUGGUUAUCAACUUCAAACAUAAAUGGUUCAAUGUUUGAUGGGUACUUUGUGGACUGUGAUGAGCUGUCCAACAAUGACAUCCUGCGCAAUUUCUGCAAAAAAGGGAAAAUCAUGGAAGCUUGCAGUUUGAUUGAUGUUAUGGCGCGAUUGAAUCAGGUGCCAGAUUUCCCAUCUUGUGCAAACUUGAUCCGUGGUUUGGUCAAUAAUGAUAGAAUUGAAAAGGCCACUCGUGUUCUUAAUAUCAUGAUUUUUUCUGGUGGGGUUCCAGACAUUAUUACAUACAACAAAUUGAUAGGUGGUCUUUGCAGGAGAGGGCAGCUAAAUGCUGCUAUUAAACUUGUUGAAGAAAUGAGUUUUUGUGGUUGCGAUCCUGAUGUGAUAACAUUUAACAUUUUGUUUAGAUCCAUGUUUUCCAUCGGUAAGUAUGACGAGGCAAUCUGGUUUUGGAAGGAUCAGCUGAGAAAAGGUUAUCCUCCAUAUCUUGUUUCUUACACUAUUCUUCUUCAACUUGUAUUCAAACACUGUGGUAUAUUGAGAGCUAUUGAUGUUAUGCAAGAUUUAAUCUCAGAAGGAUGCUAUCCUGAUCAGGUGACCUUUAAUUCUCUCCUCAAUUUAAUCUGCAAAGGGGGCAACUUGGAUGACGCCAAAAUCAUUAUGGCUGGUUUUACGACACAUGGUUUAGAACCAAAUGCAAUAACCUAUAACACGAUACUUCACUGCUUCUGUAUGCAAGGACAGUGGGCUGAAGCGGAUGAUAUACUAUUGAUCAUGAAGGAAGCUUCAUUUACACCAACUGUCGUUACAUACAAUAUCUUAAUUAACAGUUUGUGUAAAUACCAGAUCCUUGAUAAAGCGAUUGAUAUCUUGAUUAUGAUGACGAAUGAGGGUUGUUCACCUGAUAUUGUCACUUACAACACUCUUCUUGCAGCAAUGUGUAAACUGGACAUGGUAGAGCAGGCUUUAGAUAUACUUCAUAUUUUGAGGGACCACGGAUUUUCUUUGGUUGUCAUUACAUAUAACACCUUGAUUGAUGGACUGGCAAAGAAGGGGGAGAUUAAGAAAGUGAUGUCUUUGUAUAACGAGAUGAUAGAUGAUGGAAUCACUCCCGAUGACAUAACCUAUGGUUCACUGGUUAUGGGAUUUUGCAAACAAGAUAUGGUCGAUGAAGCAACACUGGUGUUGCAAGAGAUGGUUAAGAGAGGUUGCAGGAUUAGAGGCAGUACUUCUACCCUUUUGAUAUGGUCGUUGUGCAGAAAUGGAAAGCUGGAUACAGCAGUUGAAAUUUUGAGUACUAUGGUAUCAAGAUGUACCAAAUCCAGUAAAACGUUUUACAAGGCACUAGUUAAAAGUGUUGCUGACUCUGGAAUGACUGAGGCAGCUACGCGGAUGUAUAAGAUGUUAAUUGAGCUCAAAGUUCUUGAAGAAGACUGAAUGUAGAGUAGGUUAGAAAUUGUAGGUUCAUUUUGAGUCUAUUGCAUAUCACUCCGUUUACCACUUCUAGACUAGCUACAAUUAUUUCAUUUGAUACUUCUAAUUGAUCUGUUUUUGUCUU